AUGGCUCAUCAAAAUCCUUAUAAAAAUCCCAAUCGCAUCCAACCUCCGGCCACGCAAAGUUGCCUGGCCCCUCGGCUCAUAACAUAUGGUGGCAACCUGACAGUGCUACAAUACGCUUUCGAUCCAAAAAUUGGAUUUACACUGGACAAAGUCAACAAUACUCAAAACGAGUGGUACAUAUGCACGAUAGGUCCUAAUCAAGAGGUCUCUUAUUUUGUAAUUGUAUCGAGAUCAACGGACAAUGUACUGCCCCAACCGAGAAUUGCGAAUAAUACUUUGCUGCACGUAAAAAAGGGCGAAACUCUGUACCUGAAGUGUACCAUUACUAUUCCGAGAGACCAAAACUACUACAAUGCAUCUUGGAUUCCAUGGAAACAAAGCUUCAAAGUGACUACCUGGAACGCUAGCCAGAAUAUUGGAGGUGGUGGCAUGGUUGAGAAAAUGGCCUUAUUGAGGGUCACAAACGUGACCUACACGGAGGAAGGUAUUUAUCAGUGCAGGGUGAAGGACAAGAAUUAUGAGAAAAAUUCGCGGACGUAUGUCCAGGUCCAUGACGCGCUCUUUAUAAAAGACCAGCAUCAUCCUCUACAGCUUCUGCUUAUUGAAUGUUUAGAGUCGAUCGAUCCAUUCAUCAAGCUAACAACUACGAAUCCGAAUAGAUACUACAAACGCAAUAUUGGUGAUUCAAUGGAGUUGGUUGUCGACGUAGACGCGUAUCCUCCGCCUGAUGUGCAAUGGUUCGAUACACAUGGCGACGAAAUUCCAGCGACUUUGUGGCUAUACGGGAGACUUAAAUUAUCAGUUGACAUUGCACAUUGUAAACCGACAUUGAGAAUCAACAGCUUGAAUUUAAACGACAUGGGAAUAUAUUCUAUCCAGGCUAGCAAUCAGUAUAAAAAGGAAACUUUGAACUUUACGUUGGAGAUAAUAGCCAAGCCAAAAGUGCACAUGAGCGAACCGAGCAGGUACCACUUCCAUAAUCAGGUGGCGAAGGUAGAAUGCCAUGUGGAAGCGUUUCCAAAGCCGAAUGUUACCUGGAGUUACAGCAAGUGUCCAAAUGACCUUCCUUGCGACGAUGCCACUCCUAAGUACUUAACGAACGCCAAAGAAAACGGAACCGUGACUCAGCUGGUCUCCACGGUAUGGACGGUCAUCGAAAAGUUUAGCAAGCUUACUUGCAGUGCGUGCAACAUUGUUGGCUGUGGAACUGUCACCAAACGGCUGUCUGCUUCCGAAGAAGUCGGGGAUUUCGGUAUCAUUCUCACGAAGGAGCCAGUGGCAGAGGGUGACGACUGGGAGCUGAUCUGCGCUGCUUCGAUUCAUAAUUAUUCGGACACCUUCGACUGGAGCAGAGAAACUGGUCCAAUUGUACAAUCUGACAGAAUUUCUAUCCAUCGAGAAAGGACGGUAUUCACGUAUAGAUCAAUUUUGAAGAUACGCAAUGUGAAAAUAGAGGACUCGCAGGAAUAUAUUUGUACAGGGAAGUCCAUGGGUAAUUUGACUCAGUCUACUGGAUAUCGUUUGGAAGUGAACGCUGCGCGAGCGCCUAUUAUUACCGAUACCAAUUUAAAGAAAGGCGAGAAAAUCAUCGAUCUUAACACACCAGAUCACAAGGGAAUAAAUGUUCACUGUUUCGUGGAUGGUAUGCCUAAACCGAGUAUUAUUUGGUUUAAGGAUGGUACACAGUUGUUAAUUAACAACGACAAGCACAAGAUUUCCAAUAACUCCCAAAAAGUUGAAAUGGCAUAUCCAUUGGAAGUCGACAGCGGCGUGUACAUGUGUCGAGCGGAGAAUCGGUUUGGAAAAGUAGAAGCUUCUCAACGAAUAAGGGUAAAAGGUAAUUUCAGACUUGUAACUGUGAUCAUUUUACCUGUCAUGUUAGCGGUGUUAGUUUUGAUCCUGGUGAUUUUCGUCGGCCUCAAGUAUCGCCGUUAUAGGACGAAAAAUAGGAAAUUAAUGCGAGAUGCUUUUCGGCACUUCGAGAAGGGAGCUGUCGAGUGUUUGAAUCCGGAGUUGACACUAGACGAUCAGGCAGAUCUCCUACCUUAUGAUAAGAAAUGGGAAUUUCCCAUCGAGAAUUUGAAAUUAGGGAAAAAAUUGGGAAGCGGUGCGUUCGGCGUAGUCUUGAAAGCGGAAGCUCUAGGCAUUUGCGAAAGCGGGGAGAAAACUACUGUUGCUGUGAAAAUGGACCGUCGUGGUCCCGAUAACCUGUAUAUGUCUGAACUUGGCAAUGAAAUCAAGAUCAUGAUACAUGUUGGCAAACACCUGAACGUUGUCAACCUUCUUGGUGUUUGCACGAAAGACAAGUUGGAACAUCGAUUGUUAGCGAUCGUAGAAUUCUGCCAAUUUGGAAAUCUGCGCGAUUACUUAUUCAAGCAUAGAAGCGAUUUUAUCAAUCAGAUCGACCCAACGACUGGCAAAUUUGAUCUCAACAUCGGUCAAGAUCGGUUGAUCUUAACGAGACCAGCCAGGCUCUGCAGCACUAACAGGGUAAAAUCUGCGGAAUUGUCAUCUUGUUUCAGUAACCGCAGUUCUGAAUCUGAUUCGGUGCAGUGUCACGCGCGUGAUUCCGUUCUUGAUAGUGCUUCAUCUCAACCUGGUUGGUCCAACUAUCGGGGAGACUACAAGGACUCUAAUGUAAAACCAAUUUGCACGCAGGAUCUGUUGUCCUGGGCGUUCCAAGUAGCUCGUGGAAUGGAAUAUCUCAGCCAGAGAAGGGUAUUACACGGUGACCUGGCCGCUAGAAAUAUCCUGCUGGCCGAUGACAAUGUAGUGAAGAUAUGCGACUUCGGUCUGGCCAAGAGCAUGUACAAAGAAGAAAUUUACAAAAAGAAAAGCAACGGUCCAUUACCCAUUAAGUGGCUGGCCAUCGAAGCAAUGAGAGAUCGAAUUUUCUCCACGCAAUCGGACAUUUGGUCGUUCGGCAUAGUACUGUGGGAGUUUUUUACGCUGGCUAUGACUCCGUAUCCUGGAAUUGAGUCGGAGAUAGUGUACCAGAAGCUGAUCGAGGGUUACAGAAUGGGGCAGCCAGAAUAUGCCACCCCCGAAGUGUACGACAUAAUGCAUUGGUGUUGGAAGGACAAGCCUUAUCUGCGUCCAAGUUUCACGGAGCUAGUCGACAGAGUAGGAAAUUUGUUGGAGAAGAAUGUAAGAGCGCACUACAUCGAAUUAAACGUCCCAUACCUGGACAUGAACAAGACUCUGCUGGAGGACGGGAAGGAAGAUUACCUGAUGUUGGUCUCUGCGCCCGAUCACGUUGCGCUUUCUUCGCCGACUCGCGAUCCCGCGAAUCCCGACGCAUUUGAAACCACGAGAGAAUCCGGCUACUUCAGCAUGAUUCGCGAGGACACCGAGGAGACAUCGCUUAUGCUGGACAAGGAGGAGGAAGAUCCCUAUCUGAAACCUAUCAGUGUCCAGGAGCGGAAGGCGCAGUUUGCCACGAGCAAAGGAUCGGCGAGUAAUCAGUCGGUGGGAAGAUCAGGAUUAUGCCAACUGCAAACCAUCGACGAAUAAAUCCGAAUAAAACGAAUGACGUGGUCGCGGAGGAGAGGGUGCUGAAUACGUAUACGAUGGCAGGGAUGGGCUUCGCUCCGGCGAUCUUAAGCACUCCGGGGAAUUACCUGAAUAUGCGUCGGCAGAAGAAGGGCAUGAAGGAAUAUUUGCCCGUAGGAUGCAACAAUUCCAGCAAUGUGAUUGUGGAUAAUCGAGAGGCGAUUCGAAGCGGGAUCUCAAGUGUUUGGAAACUGCUGUUUACCCCGAAGCAAUCCACUCGAAAUUGCGUGACGCGUGUAGAGAA